AUGCGGAGAGAGAAGAAUCAUCGUUUGGCGCUCCAAUCGCCUUUGAGUGAUUACAUGUACGGCAAUGGAGUAGCAGGCUUGCCACCUUCUUUUUCGAUUGGAGGCAGUGAUACCGCAGCAAUGUUUGAUUGCCGGCCCCUGGAUCUCUCCCGGAAGGGCACAUGUGAUCAUCCAUCGACUGAAACCCUAGCAGGUACUGAAUACCGGAAACAUGUUCCAGCAGACUACUUCCAUUGCCGAUACAGCCGCCUGCUAGCUAGUGAGAUGCCCGCAGCCAAUGUUUCCUCGAGAAUCUACAAUUGA